UGGAAACGCCCCAGCACCGCCCGCUCCCAGAGACCUGCCGCGGUGACGCAGCUAGAGCCCGAGAGGAGGCGCGGGAACGCGCGCUGGGGGUCAGGUGCCGGAAGAGGAAACCUCUCGCUGGGGCUAGGAGUUCGGCGGGGCGAGCGCCGGCGGCUGCGGAGCUGGCAGGUGCGAGGCGUCUGCACCUGGCGGGCUAUGGAGCCCAUUGCGGGCGCCCCGGGAUAGCGUGGGCGAGGCUGCGGGGCCCCGGCGCGCACACCCGCAUCCCUCCCCAGCCCUGGCGUGGGCCCAGACCGUCUCAGGCAGCAAUGGGGUUCCUGCAGCUGCUGAUCGUAGCGGUGCUGGCAUCCGAACACCGGGUGGCUGGUGCAGCCGAGGUCUUCGGGAACUCCAGCGAGGGUCUUAUUGAAUUUUCUGUGGGGAAAUUUAGAUACUUCGAGCUCAAUAGGCCCUUUCCAGAGGAAGCUAUUUUGCAUGAUAUUUCAAGCAAUGUGACUUUUCUUAUUUUCCAAAUACACUCACAGUAUCAGAAUACAACUGUUUCCUUUUCUCCGACUCUCCUUUCCAAUGCCUCGGAAACAGGCACUGCCAGUGGACUGGUUUUCAUCCUUAGACCGGAGCAGAGUACAUGCACUUGGUACUUGGGGACUUCAGGCAUACAGCCUGUCCAGAAUAUGGCUAUCCUACUCUCCUACUCAGAAAGAGAUCCUAUCCCUGGAGGCUGUAAUUUGGAGUUUGAUUUAGAUAUUGAUCCCAACAUUUACUUGGAGUAUAAUUUCUUUGAAACGACUAUCAAGUUUGCCCCAGCAAACCUAGGCUAUGCGAGAGGUGUAGAUCCCCCAUCAUGUGACGCUGGGACAGACCAGGACUCCAGGUGGAGGUUGCAGUAUGAUGUCUAUCAGUAUUUUCUGCCUGAGAAUGACCUCACUGAGGAGAUGUUGCUGAAGCAUCUGCAGAGGAUGGUCAGCGUGCCCCAGGUGAAGGCCAGUGCUCUCAAGGUGGUUACCCUAACAGCUAAUGAUAAGACAAGCGUUUCCUUCUCUUCCCUCCCGGGACAAGGUGUCAUAUACAAUGUCAUUGUUCGGGACCCGUUUCUAAAUACAUCUGCUGCCUACGUUCCUGCUCACACAUAUGCUUGCAGCUUUGAGGCAGGAGAGGGUAGUUGUGUUUCCCUAGGAAGAGUGUCUUCCAAAGUGUUCUUCACUCUUUUUGCCCUGCUUGGUUUCUUCAUUUGUUUCUUUGGACACAGAUUCUGGAAAACAGAAUUAUUCUUCAUAGGCUUUAUCAUCAUGGGAUUCUUCUUUUAUAUACUGAUUACAAGACUGACACCUAUCAAGUAUGAUGUGAAUCUGAUUCUGACAGCUGUCGCUGGAAGCGUCGGUGGAAUGUUCUUGGUAGCUGUGUGGUGGCGAUUUGGAAUCCUCUCGAUCUGCAUGCUCUGUGUUGGACUGGUGCUGGGGUUCCUCAUCUCGUCAGUGACUUUCUUUACUCCACUGGGAAACCUAAAGAUUUUUCAUGAUGAUGGUGUAUUCUGGGUCACUUUCUCUUGCAUAGCUAUCCUCAUUCCAGUAGUUUUCAUGGGCUGCCUAAGAAUACUGAACAUACUGACUUGUGGAGUCAUUGGCUCCUAUUCGGUGGUUUUAGCCAUUGACAGUUACUUGUCCACAAGCCUUUCCUACAUCACUUUGAACGUACUCAAGAGAGCGCUCAACAAGGAUUUCCACAGAGCUUUCACAAAUGUGCCUUUUCAAACGAAUGACUUUAUUAUCCUGGCAGUAUGGGGCAUGCUGGCUGUAAGUGGAAUUACGUUACAGAUUCGAAGAGAGAGAGGACGACCAUUCUUCCCUCCCCACCCAUACAAGUUAUGGAAGCAAGAGAGAGAGCGCCGAGUGACGAACAUUCUGGACCCUAGCUACCACAUUCCUCCACUAAGAGAGAGGCUCUAUGGCCGAUUAACCCAGAUCAAAGGGCUCUUCCAGAAGGAGCAGCCAGCUGGAGAGAGAACGCCUCUGCUUCUGUAGAUGCCCAAGGGCUUGGUCAGUGUGCCUCAGCUUUGGAGUUCAUGCCUGGAGUGGUUCAACAGUCUCUGGUGCAAGUCUAAUAAGAGAUCAGGCAUAUAUAUCUGUUCUUUGCAUAAUGUUAUGGUGCCCUUAUUGAUAUAUGGUAAGGGUAUACUAGGGGAUUAGGAUGAUUCUAAGAGAAUGAGAAAGAUGACCAAAAGGUUGGUGGUAGGGAGGCUUUUUCUUAUUUCCAAAUACUUGAGAAGUUACCUUUUGGUUUACAAAUCUAUGAUCAACGUAUUCCAUUAAAUAGAUACAUUAAAAAAAUUAAAAACUGAUUCUCCUGCA